GUUGUGCCGGUUUCUAAACGCGGGGUCUGGCGAGUGUGAGCCUGUGAGGUCCGUGCCGAAGAACUAUAUGAGCAGCAUGGCGUCGCCACCGGAGAAAGUCAUCCUGGUGACGGGUGGCACGGGCCUUGUGGGCAAGGCCAUCGAGAAAGUGGUGUGCGACGAGAAGCGGCCUGACGAGAAGUGGAUCUUUGUUUCGUCCAAGGACGCCGACCUCACGAACAAGCAAGAGACAGAAGCCUUGUUUGCGAAGCACAAGCCAACGCAUGUGAUCCACUUAGCAGCCAUGGUGGGGGGCCUCUUCAGAAACCUCAAGUAUAACCUUGACUUCUUGCGCAACAACCUGCAAAUCAACGACAAUGUGCUGCACACAAGCUACCAGACCGGGGUGACGAAAGUUGUCUCCUGCCUAUCGACGUGCAUCUUUCCCGACAAGACCACUUAUCCCAUCGACGAAACUAUGAUACACAGCGGUCCUCCCCACGAAUCCAACUUUGGCUACUCGUAUGCCAAGCGGCUGAUAGAUGUCCAGAACCGGGCCUACCACGCCCAGCAUGGCUGUCGCUUCACGGCCGUCAUCCCCACCAAUGUCUUUGGGCCGCACGACAACUUCAACCUGGAAGACGGGCAUGUUUUAGCCGGACUCAUCAGCAAGACCCACACGGCUAAAACAUUUGGCACACCGUUGCACGUCUGGGGCACCGGCAGUCCGCUGCGCCAGUUCAUCUACUCUCUGGACCUGGCUCGGCUCAUUGUCUGGGUGCUCAGGGACUACGAGGAGGUCGAGCCAAUCAUCCUCUCAGUGGACGAGGCGGACGAGAUUAGCAUCAGGGAUGCAGCAGCCCUCAUCACCGACGCCUUCAACUUCAAGGGGGACGUCAUUUUUGACACCUCCAAGGCAGACGGCCAGUUCAAGAAGACUGCCAGCAAUGCCAAGUUGCGCAAGUACCUGCCAGAUUUUAAGUUCACACCCAUUACCAAAGCCAUUGAAGAGACAGUAGACUGGUUUGUGGAAAACUUUGAGUCUGUUAGGAAGUAGGACUGGACCAAUUGCAGGAGAGCUGCCCCUAUACAAGUCAAUUUCCUGAGUGUGUUCAUCACAGUCUCUGGAUCCUUGUUUAGUUUUAAGACAGCAGUCUCGGGGGCAAGCAGGGAAUGGGAGAUUGUGACCGUCAAAUAAACACUAUUUUGAAAUGGUA